AUGGAUAAGCCUUCUUUGGAAGGUAUACUAACUUCUGCUAUAGUUGCUAAAGUUUUCGUUAAAAUUUUUAAUAAUUCAAAAUGUCUUCUUACAUGGCCUAAAUUAUUAUUAACUGAUAUGAGUUCAGAGUUUAAAGGUAGCUGUGAAAAACUUAUAAAAGAACAUGGUAUUAAAAUCCAAAAAGCUAGUUCUAAAAGUAGUAUGGGUAUAAUUGAAAGAUUUAAUCAAACUUUAACUGAAAAAUUAUUUCAUAUUCAAGAUGCACAAGAGUUAUUGCUACCUUUACCUAAAAGAUCAAGAGCCUGA